GUGUUGAGACAUGCUAUGACCGCGUCAUUGCUGCUGCACUCGCACUGGGCCGAACCGCUGAUGUUCGUCUACGACAGCAGCGCGGAGGAGCGCGGCAAGAACAUGCAGGACGCGCCGUUCCCGGGGGGGAACUUUGCGCCCAACCAGUGCAGGAAUCUGCUGGCGCAUCCCGCCUCGUUGGCUCCGAGCAGCAACGCCUACGCCAGCAACGAGGUGCCCGUGUCCGGUUUAGGGGAGCCGGGCAAGCAGUGCAGCCCGUGUUCGGCCACGCAGAGCUCACCCAACGCCUCUCUCCCUUACGGAUACUUUGGCAGCGGCUACUACCCGUGCAGGCCGGUGUCCCACGGUGGCGUCAAGGCCUGCGCGCAGCCCUCCUCUUACAGCGACAAGUACGUGGACUCAUCGGUCCCCACUGAGGAAUUCUCCAACCGAGCCAAGGAGUUCGCAUUUUAUCAAGGCUACACUCCAACUCCAUACCAGGCGAGCUACUUGGACGUACCCGUGGUCCCCGCACUUAGUGCGCCUCCCGAGCCCAGACACGAGCCCCUGUUACCAAUGGAGCCCUACCAGCCGUGGUCCAUCUCCACCAACGGUUGGAGUGCAAGCCAAGUGUACUGCACCAAGGAGCAGCCCCAGGCCAAUCCCAUGUGGAAGGCCUCAUUGCAAGCAGACAACGCAUGUGGAGGGGACAGCCAAAUCCGCCGUGGCAGGAAGAAGCGUGUUCCCUACACCAAGGUGCAGCUGAAAGAACUGGAGAGGGAGUACGCCACAAAUAAGUUCAUCACCAAGGACAAGCGGAGGAGAAUAUCGGCGCACACCAACCUGACAGAGAGACAAGUCACCAUCUGGUUUCAGAACCGACGCGUAAAGGAGAAGAAAAUCGUCAACAAAUUCAAGAGCUCUUGUUAGCUCCUCGUCUAUUUUGCUUUUGGAGGAAAAUGGACACAGUGGUGCCUUAUCACAAAUAAACUCUG